AUGGCCGUUGUUUCGUUAUUGAAUCAGGCACCGUACCGUAGGACUCACAGUAGUAGAGAGCGACUGAACAUCGCGGAAAGAGAAGAUGAGUGGGACUCAAGGCACAAUAAUAAUCAUGCUCUUGAAAAUAAAAGAAGUAGUGGAUGUCGAGGAAAUUUAUCCAGGAACCACCAAUGUUCGAUUGAUACAUGUGAUAGAUUAGCAAUAAAUGUUAGUGGUAUGCAUUAUGAAGCAUUCCAAUAUGUGUUUGAAAGACACCCCUCAACCUUAUUGGGGGACCCAAACAAAAGACAGCGAUAUUAUGAUCGAAGAAAAAGGGAAUAUUUUUUCGAUCGUCACAGACCCACUUUUGAAGCAAUAUUUAACUAUUAUCAGUAUGGAGGAGGAAUUCGGAGACCGGAAACGGUUCCCGAUGAUAUAUUUUUAGGUGAAUUGGAUUUUUUCGAAAUAGAACCAGAGGAGAUCGACGCGUACCGAGCAGACGAAGGAUACGUGGAGGAGACCAUCUUGUUACCGGAAGGACCUAUCCAGAAAAAAAUUUGGAUGAUAAUGGAGUACCCCGAAACGUCUCGAUCUGCGUAUAUUGUGGCCAUUGUAUCGGUUCUGGUUACUUUAAUUUCAAUUGUUUUAUUUUGUGUAGAGACGACACACAUAGCCCAGGACGAAUGUGAAGCGGGCGAACCGACGAACUUUACAGAUCCUUUCUUCAUCAUCGAAACAUUAUGCACAUUUUGGUUCACGGUUGAGGUCGUGAUACGGAUUAUUGUGUGUCCUAGUAAGCCGAUAUUUUUUAAAGAUUUUAAGAAUUUGGUCGAUAUAACGGCAGUGAUCCCGUAUUAUGUGACUUUAACCAAUGUUUUAAUCAGUAUGACCUGUGAUAGUGCCACUUCUAGCACGUCCUUAGCAUUCUUAAGAGUUAUCCGCCUUGUUCGAGUUUUUAAACUGACAAAACAUUCUGCUGGACUCCAAGUUCUCAUCAUGACCUUUCGAGCCAGUUUUCAAGGCCUCCUUUUAUUCCUUGUUGCCAUGAUUGUAUGCAUCCUCCUAUUUUCCAGUGCAAUUUAUUACGCGGAGUUAGGAAUCGACGAAUCGCAAAUUAAUAGUAUUCCCGAUGGUUUUUGGUGGGCAGUUAUAACUAUGACAACUGUUGGUUAUGGAGAUAAAGUGCCCGUAGGUGUUUGGGGAAAAUUAAUUGGAUCAUUAUGUGCCCUGGCAGGCGUCCUUACUCUUUCAAUCCCUGUGCCCAUAAUAACUGAAAACUUCAACAAAUUUUACGCUCAUAAAACGGGUCGUGGAAGAAUAUGA